GCAGAUAUAAAGUCCUAUCUUCUGACUACAAUCAUUUAGUCGUAUUCGAAAUCAUCAGGACGAUAGAUCUCUAACGAAAAUGGGAGGAUGUCAAGUGAAAUGCGAAUGUUCAGGCCUUCUACCGUGCUUAGUAUUUGUAGCUGUAUUUGUGUUAUUUCCACUUGGAAUUCGUAAUGCUGUUUUGUAUCAUAAAACAAACGACUUCAUCGACGGAAACUGUACGAUUUUAAACUCUACAUUUUAUAUUAAGAAGGUCAGAUGCGAUUGUCUCCUUUGUAAGAGGAAAACAAAAACCUGCAGUCAAAUUUUUGUUGGAAUUGAUGAUAAUGGAGCAACAAGACGUCUCCAACUUUAUGAGUCAGAAGAUGACAUCGGAAACGAGUGUUUUCUAGAGCCAUGCGAUACAACUUCGGCCUCAGAUGUUGACAAAAUCUACCCAAUAGGUAAGACGUUUGCUUGUAGCUAUCAUUCUGAUAAAGACGAAGCUGUGGUAAACAAGGAGAUACCAAGGUCACGUGUACUCCAUUUGAUGAUUUGGCCCUCUGUAUUCCUGGUUCUUCUGAUGCUUACUUGCAUAGUAGCCUUCAACUUGGAUCGAUGCAAAAGAAACUGCGUUCCUUGUUGCGACACCCUCUGUCAACGGCUAUAGGCAGACUGCUCUCUGCUAUCAAUCAGCUCAUUAUUUUUUGUUGCUGUUUUACUUAGAUUAUUAUCAAUUGAAAAUAAUGUACCAUCGAUACAUUAUUUAUAUAUUGUUAUUGUAAAAGAAUUUUAUAUAAAUUAUAAUAAGAAUUAAAUAAAUCAGUGUUGUUUAAAAUGUGCUAGGUCACUUCUAUGAUGCAAUUUACGGAUCCAAAUGGACUCUAUCACAGCAUUAGUUAACGUAAUACUGUAAUUCAUUAGGCAGUUUUCGCCGCACGACGUUAACCUUAACGUUAACGAAUGGCGUCAUAAUUUAUCCAUCUUGCGUUGUGGAGUACGUUAAUUUCAGGAUUUUACGUGCUCGACGCACGUUAGUUACAGGUUUGCGCAUGCGUAUUUCGAUUUGUUUACAAAAGAGGAGGAACUAUCGCGCUGCAUGCUCGGUACCGGUACUAACGUUAAAGUUAAGGUCGUGUGGCGAAAACUACCUAUUCAUUUAGUGACGCUGCUCAAUAUCUAGGGGCACAGAUCAUACGGUCAGGCUCCAGCACCUAUUUUAUGCAAACGACACACAAAUUAUGAAUUUCAACAUAAUUAUAUUUAUACAGUACCAAUAAAUUUGGAAAUAACAAG